AUGGAGAUGGAGUCUGCAAGAAGGUCUCGGAAGUUGGACAUCCAGGAACUCGAGGAAAUUAGAAACAAUACAUAUGAAAAUGCUCGAGUUUAUAAAGAAAAGACAAGGGCAUUUCAUGAUAAGUUAAUCACUAAGAAGCAGUUUUCAAUAGGACAAAAAGUUCUCCUAUACGACUCCACCUUAAAAAUUUUCGCUGUGGAAAUUCAAAGCAAAGAAACUUGGAAGUGCUUUAAGGUGAAUGGUCAACGACUGAAACCCUUUUACGAGAAUUUUCAAAUGCACACAGUUGAGGAGAUUGUUCUCGAGAAGCCCAAAAUUUGA